ACCAAAAGAUGUAGACAAUAAACUGCAGCUGUUUUUGUUUUCUUUAGAAAUGUGGAUCGAAACAACGUUCUAAACAGCACCACUGGCUACAAAAUCAGUCAUUAAGCUACUAAAAUCCAGAGUUCAUCGGGGCACGUUCGUCCCGCUACAGCCAGCGUAUCUACACACAGCAUCGGAGAAGGACGAAGAAGGUCAAGAGAACAUGUAUCGCUGCCCAGAUAACGGGUGUGUUUCUGAAUCAUCAGAGAAAACCACGAAUGGAGAGGUUUGCUCUUUGAUGGCUUAGAUGGUUUCAAAAGCAACUUAAACGCAUGCAAAACAGAGAGGAUCAGCCGCGUGGAAUGUCCGCAUCCCGUCUGUUCACCGGCGCUCGAGCAUCUCUGUGCAGCAGCAGCAAACGGAGCAAAGCGAUGCUCAGCGUGCGAAUUAAAGCGACGGGGGGUGCGAUUUUUUGAUUUGUCCAAGUACUCUCUGACUGACUCCUCCUGUGGUACUCUGAGAUGUAGCCAAGCCCACUGGGUUGAAAUAGGUACCAAAACCAGCAGGGGACCUCUGUGGCUAACAUAGUUUAGAAGAACCAGCAGUUGUAUUUAGCAUCCAGGUCUUACAAAUAGAGGAGUGCAACACACUGAACGACACAAAUAAUCAUGUCUCACGCUUGGGGUUAUGGAUCAAAUGACGGGCCAGAAAAGUGGGCAGCAAGCUUUCCCAUUGCAAACGGAGCCAGGCAGUCUCCGAUUGAUAUCGUACCCACCCAAGCACAAAAUGACCCUUCUCUGAAGCAACUCAAACUGAAGUAUGACCCUGCCAGCGCUAAGGGCAUCCUCAACAAUGGCCAUUCAUUCCAAGUGGAUUUCACUGAUGACAACAACAGCUCAACUCUGGCUGGAGGUCCCGUCACUGGAAUAUACAGGUUGAGACAGUUCCAUUUCCACUGGGGAAGCAGUGAUGACAAGGGCUCAGAGCACACCGUUGCUGGAACCAAGUUCCCCUGUGAGCUUCAUCUCGUUCACUGGAACACUAAGUACCCAAACUUUGGAGAAGCUGCCAGUAAGCCUGAUGGCCUUGCUGUGGUUGGAGUUUUUCUCAAGAUUGGUCCCGCCAAUCCAAGACUUCAGAAAGUGUUAGAUGCUCUUGAUGACAUCAGAUCAAAGGGCAGACAGACUACAUUUACCAACUUUGAUCCUAAAACCUUGCUGCCCGCCUCUCUGGAUUUCUGGACUUAUGAGGGGUCUCUGACCACACCUCCUCUACUGGAGAGUGUCACCUGGAUUGUUCUGAAAGAUCCAAUCAGUGUUAGUCCUGCUCAGAUGGCUAAGUUCCGUAGCCUGUUGUUCACAUCUGAAGGAGAGGCACCUUCCUGCAUGGUUGACAACUUCAGACCUCCUCAACCUCUCAAGGGACGCAAAGUCCGAGCAUCCUUCAAGUAAACAGCUGUAUGCAUGCCACAACCCUCCCACUGCCUUCUGAUCAUGGUGCUUUUGACUGGUUCAGAAAAACAUUCCCAGUGAAACUGCUACUGAAAUAUCACACAGUGUUUGUUCUCAAUCUUGGCGAUUGCUUACAUUGCAGUGUUGAUAACAAGAAACCUGAUUCUGAUCUUCUAAAACUGUCUGUUUUUGUCAUAAAUGCUAAUAUUAUUACUUAACAUGAGAAAUAGUUUUUAAGAUGCUUAUAUAUGGUGCUUAAUAACAAUGGCAGUCCCAGCUGCACAGUGGUUUGUUAACUAAACUUGACAAAUUCUUCAUCCCAGUCUCUCUUUGAUUGCUCUAUUUCACGCUUUAUUUCUAGCUUUACAGAACUGUUCUAUACUCCAUGUUAUUUAAUGGGAAAUACAUCAUGGUUCUUUUUUGUGUUUAUGGCAAUGGGUGAAUGUCAGUCAAAUGUCUAUGUAUUAAAGCUGAAAUACCUAUAGGAAAGCACUUACUGUUUAUACAGUAACAGCAAUAUUUUAUUGUUAGAGUUUUUUUAUUAUUCAUCAAGGGGAAUUUCUUUUAAAAUUGUUUCAGAGAUGCUCUGCCAUUAAUACAGUAGUAUGAUUUAGAUUUUUUUCAGAAUAAAAUUGAGCAGUACUGUAAAGCAGUGAUAUAUUAGGUAUUCUAUCAGCAAUAAUUAAAAAUAUAUUUUAACUAUA